AUGCCUUCCUCGCUUUCACCAACCACGCGCGGCGUGAUCUCUGCCCUCGUCCUAGCGAGCGCAGUACACGCCAAGGACACCCUCAUCGCCCGGGAUGAUAGUGACGCAUACACGGAGCCCAGCACCGACUGCCAUGAUAUCCACAUCUUUCUCGCCAGGGGAAACAACGAGGUGGCCGGGGCAACGACACGGCAGACUUCCGUCGUGCAGGCCGUUUGCGAUGGGCGGAAAAGCUGCGGGUGGGAGGACAUUGACUACAACAACCCCAUGGAUAACAAGUAUGCUGAGGCUUGCCAUGAGGGCGCUGUCAACGGGUUGAAGCAAAUUAGGUCCUACGGCGAGGACUGCCCGGACUCUAAGUUGGUUCUGACCGGCUACUCUCAAGGCGCGCAUGUCAUUGGAGACAUGCUUGGUGGAGGCGGAGGCACCUUUGAGACUAUGGGUGGUGGUGAGCACAUGGGCGAGAACAGCACGGAGGAAUACGUUGAGGGGUUGGACCAAGAUAGCAGCCCAGGCAACCAGAUCGUCGCGGCAUUCCUUUGGGGAGACACGCGCCAUGUAGCCGGCCAGGCCUACGAGGCCUUGGACGGCGGCGACUUCGAGGGCUGGUAUCCCCGCAACAAGACCGAACUAGACAGUCUGAACAAGUGGUCAGACAUCCUGCGGUCAUGGUGUGACGCCCGCGACGGAGUCUGCGCCUACGACACGACGGCGACGGCCAACUACACGUACCACUGGAACUACCUCGAUCUGUACUCGACGGACGCCGCGGACUGGCUCAGCAUCAAGCUCGGGGAGAAGGAGAACACCACAGCCACGGCGACGGCGAGCUCGAGCUCCAGCAAGGCGACUGCCACUUCUACCUCGACCGGCGACGCAGCGGAUUCAACCUCGACCUCGACCUCGGCCGCGGAAUCAGACUCAGAAUCAGGCGCCUGGAGAGCCCAAAGUGCACCGAUCGCAUCACUGGUAGCCGUCGUGGGAUUGAUGGCUGCUUUCUUCAUGUAG